AUGCAGUACAGCUUCAUCCCCGCUUUCAUCACCGCCACUGGCAUGCUGGCCAAUGCUGCCCCUGUGAGCAAGGCCGCCUCGAACGGUGUUGUUCCCCAGGCCCCCGCCGCGACUCGCCCUGGUCACUCCUUCAACGUGACCUGGCAGCCGGACGUCUCGGGUUCUUCCGACUGGAAGAAGAUGGACAUUUCGCUCGUUGAGAUCAACGGUCAGGACAAGCACGUCGUGAAGAAGAUCGCUUCGGGUGUCGAUGGCACCAGCGCCCACAACAACACCCUCCUCGCCAAGGCCCCGGCCAAGGUGAACAACAAGAACCAGUACGCUCUGGUCUUCUCGCACGGUCAGGAGAAGAAGGUGUCGCCCAAGUUCGUCAUUGAGAACAAGGACAGCACCUACCACACCCAGGCCCGCCGCGCCCACCACUCGUCGUCGUCGUCGGCUGACAGCGAGGAGACCUCGACUUCGUCGGGCCGCUCUGCUCUGUCGCACAACUCGAACGACCAAAUGGUGCAGGCCGACGGUCCUUGGGGCUUCUCUCUCCCUGAGUCGGCCCAGGGCACUGGCUCGACCUCGGGCAACAACGGCCAGAGCGGCAGCUCGGGCAGCUCGAACAGCAACAACCUCCAGGCGCUGAACGAUGCCACGAACGCGCAGUCUGACGGCCAGAAUGCUCUUACUGGCUCGGACAGCCCCAACAUGGUGGACCAGAUCCUGAGCAGCGGCUCCUCCAACUCGGGCUCCUCCGGCUCGCAAGGCAGCAGCAACGGCAACAGCGACAGCCAGCCCGGCCUUGUGCUCAACAUCGGUGGCCAGCACUACGCUUCCGACUCGCCCCAGGCUACCUCGGCUGUGCGUGCUGCGCUGCAAUCGGCCUCGUCCUCGGCGUCGAGCACUGGCUCGGGCUCGGGCUCGGGCUCGCAGGGCCACAACUUCCGUGUGAACCAGGCUAGCUCGGGUAACAACCUCGAGCUGCCUACGGACACGGACAGCGUGCUGCACAGCACCUCGCGCCACGGUGUCCACGGCACGAGCGCCGGUCGCCAGGCGAUUGCCUCGAACGGUCGCCACUCGAACAGCACUGGCAACAACCAGGCUGCUGGUGUCGCUGGUGGUGACCUGACCAACUCGUACCCUGAGCAGCCCACCGGCAAGCACCACGGCAAGCACCACAGCAAGCACAACGCCACUUCCUCGGCUACCGGCAAGCACCACGGCAAGCACAACGCUACUGCCUCGGCCUCUGGCAAGCACCACGGCAACGCCACUGCCACUGGUAAGCACAACGCCAAGGCUGCGGUUGCUGGCAAGCACCACGCCAACGCCACGUCGACUGGCAGCAAGAAGCACCAUGGCAAGACCAAGCUGGCCUCGGGCUCGAGCUCCGCCUCGGGCUCUGGCUCGGCUACUGGCUCGGCCUCGGGCGCUUCGACGGGUGCUUCGACUGGUGCCUCGUCCGCCUCGAGCGACAGCCCCGCUGCCUCGCAGGGCGACUGGAGCACCGUCUCGGACUCGGGCAACCAGGGCUUCCAGUCCGCUACCCAGGCCAGCUCGUCGGCUGCCCCCACGGACUCGGCUUCGUCGUCUGGCUCGGCCGCUGCCGCCCCGAGCGUUGCCUCGGACCCCGCUGCGAAGCGUGGUCUGUUCAAGCGCUCGGACGACAGCUGGCUGAACAGCGCUGCCGGCCGCGUCGCCGCUGCUGCCACCGGCUCGUGGGACGCUGCCAGCUCGGCUGUUGGCAACGCCACCCGCCACGGCCACAACCACUCGUCGACUGGCUCGGGCUCGGGCUCGGCUAGUGCUUCCUCGACUGGCGGCCGCCACCACUCGGUGUCGCCCCUGUUCGGUGUGCACAGCGACUCGAACAGCUCGUCGCCUUCGUCGGUUGCCACUGGUGCUUCGUCCGCGACCUCGGGCGCGGCGGACGCCACCGGCUCGUCGUCGGGUUCCGCUGAUGCCACUGGCUCGUCGUCGGGCUCCGCUGAUGCUACUGGCUCCGCGUCGGAUGCUGCAGACGCUACCGGCUCCUCGUCGGCCGCCUCGGGCUCGAGCUCGAGCAGCCCCUCGUCGAGCGGCAGUGCCUCGCACUCGCGUCACCACGGCCAGGCCUCCAGCACCGGCUCUGCCUCGGAGUCGGCCUCGGGUGUCACUGCUAACGGUGUGCCUUCUGAGUCGGCCUCGAGCACCAGCUCGGGCUCCGAGUCGUCUUCGCCGUCGAGCAGCCACUCGCGCAGCCGUGCCUCGCACACUGGUUCUGCCUCGAACGGCCGCCUGACGCGCUCGCGCGCCUCGCACGCCUCGCCGACCUCCUCGGCCUCGCACCACCGUGGCCAGCAGGCCGCGACGGUUGUGAACAGCCAGGGCAGCAGCGGCGACCUGGACGGUGCCGAGACCCGCUCGCGCUCGUCGCCCCAGGGUGCUACCCAGGACUCUGACGGCAGCGACCUCCAGCAGAUCCUUGCCCAGGGUCUCCUUGGUGGCUCGGGUCUGUCGCAGGACCAGAUCAGCUCCUACUACCAGCAGCAGCAGCAGCACAACAGCGCUGGUCACCGCAACAACCACGAGCAGUACUCGGUCUCGCUCCACGCUCACCGCGGCCAGCAGAGUGUGUCGGCCAGCUACUAA